UAGUUGCACAGUAAAAAUCAGAAAGAAUUCAGGAAACUGUGGUAAUAAUAUGAAGAUGUGUAAUGAUAAAGUUAUUUGAAUAAAGACAGAAAAGCAGUGUUGUUGAAUAAUAUGAGUCAUGGCAAAUGUAUGCUCCUCUUGAAUGAAUCAACACCCACUACAUAGUUGCAACCUUGGAUCAUGUGUAACUCCCAGCUCUUCUUUGUUUAUGAUAUAUUGUGUGCAGCAGGAAUAUUUUGGGAGAGGAUAUGCUAGUCCAUUGUGUAUUGCUCCUGGGGGUAGCUGCUCUUGCCAGAGGUCAGAUUGUCACAAAAUGGACUGUAGAACAGUUCCCUGACCCUAUAAAAAACCCUGAAAAAUGUGGGGGCAUUAGGGGACAAAGGUCCUAUAUUUGUGAUCCUAAUAGUAUACUGCCUCCAAAAUCAUUUGCUUCUCUAGAUCAUGCCCUGAAUCAGACAUUUGAAACUACCCCAUGUAUCUGCAGUGCUUUCAAAUGUGUCGAUCUGAAAUACAAGCAUGGAGUUCACAUUUCUGUUGCUAUUCUUGCAAAUCUGCAGUUUACUCAGGGGAGAACAUCUGCUUUGCCAGAGGUGGAGAAUUUUGCAAUAAAACUGGAGAAUGAGCACUGGAAUUAUGGGGAGUGUGAUAACGACAUUGUCAUUGUGUACUCAGCAGGAGACAAUGUGGUGUACACGGCAACAGGUGUUGCUGCUAGCUUCUACCUGGACACCCAGAAGAUCACAGAAAUCACGACCAAUAACGGUCGUUACUUCAGGGCCAAGAACCCCACAGCUGGUCUCUAUGCCAUGAUCAUGGACUACAGGAGCGUCUUUUUGAGUAAAUACACACCAUAUUCACUUUACCAGGAAAGUCAAAAUGUCAGAGGGGCAGCAUCCAUGACAACAACCUCAUUUUCUUCUUUGUUACUUUGCAUGAUUGCAUUUAUCUAUGCCAAACUUUAAAUUUUCUCAUUUGUUAUUGAAUUAUUUUUUAUUUAGAAGUUUAACUUUUACUAUGUUCCGUGUAUUCAUAUUGAAAUAUGCCUGCAAUUCCUUGCUUUAUAAAUAGACACUGAACUAUUUGUUAGAACGAGCAUAAUACAUGUAUUUUCACUAGAAAUGUAGAAUGACAUUGGUUUAAUCAUCCAGUUAAUAUUGUCUUAGUUAAUUAUAUGAUAUUCAAAAUGCAGAAAUAUAUGACUCAUAUUGUUACAAAUUAUUUAAAAAUCAGGUUGUUUUUAUGGUCAUGAAUUUCAAAUUUAAAUGUUAUUGAUUUCGUAGAUUUCUGAUGAUAUACAUGUAUUUAUUUGUUAAAAAAUCAAAAUUAAGUUGCACCAAGGGAUAAGAAUUUAUCUGGAAAUAAAAUGUGUUGUAGCAAUUUUAGAUUAUUCCCAUUUAGACGAAUUUAGUGAAAAGUUUCAUCUUUUCAAAGUAACUCUUGUUAUGUAUCCUGAUGUUCACUUAAUAUAUGAAAGCAUUUGAAUACUGUAAACCAACAUUUAUUCGCGGCGACGUUAUUUUGCGAUUUACUUCCAAUAAACUGAUUCGCGACUUCUAAUGUUCGUGACCAAGCCUUAUCCAGACCCGUAUUAUGUAAUAACAACCAUACGACAACGAGGCUCUCGCGAACCUCGCGAAAAUAUCUCGCACGCGAAUAAAAGUUGGUUUACAGUAUCUUGAAUCUAGACAGGGUAAUCAUGGUAAUGUUUUUAUUUUAGUAUAUGGUUUUUCACGCUAUAUUACUAAACGAUGUAGUCAAUUUCUUAUGAAUUGUUUUAGGUUUAAGAAAAGAAACACAAUUCUGGUUUUAUCAAUUUCUUUCACACCUUUUUAAUACCAUAUACAUUAUUUUCAAUGCAUGUCAUUUAUUAAGUAUACAAAAGUUUAGUAUACAUCAGUAUGUUUUGAUAGAGUGUUUUAAAUUUUGAAAAAAGGUGCUUAAAUAUUGUUUUUAAUUCAUGUUUAUACAGUUUACUUUGAUAUGAAUU